GUCCCGCCGGAUCCUGAGCCUCACGCUCUCGCGUUGCGGCCGACCGCGCCUCCUCGGCCGUCUGCCCGGCAUGAAGACCAAGUUCUGCAACGGGAGCGAGGCGGAGCCCUCGCCGCUCGGGCUGCUGCUGAGCUGCGGCAGCGGCAGCGCGGCCCCGGCGCCCGGCGUGGGGCAGCAGCGCGACGCCGCCAGUGACCUCGAGCCCAAGCAGCUGGGCGGGCGGCAGCCGCAGCUCGCGCUGCCCCCGCCGCCGCCGCCGCUGCCGCUGCCCCCGCCGCCGCCGGCCGACGAUCAGCCCGAGCCCAGGACGCGGCGCAGGGCCUAUCUGUGGUGCAAGGAGUUCCUGUCUGGCGCCUGGCGGGGCCUUCGCGAGGACCAGUUCCACAUCAGUGUCAUCAGAGGUGGCCUCAGUAACAUGCUGUUCCAGUGCUCCUUACCCGACACUCUGGCCACCAUUGGUGACGAGCCUCGGAAGGUGCUCCUGCGGCUGUAUGGUGCAAUUCUAAAGAUGGGCGCCGAGGCCAUGGUUCUGGAGAGCGUUAUGUUUGCCAUCCUCGCAGAGAGGUCGCUGGGGCCAAAGCUCUUUGGCAUCUUCCCCCAAGGCCGCCUGGAGCAGUUUAUCCCGAGCCGGCGAUUAGACACUGAAGAAUUAAGUUUGCCAGAUAUUUCUGCAGAAAUAGCUGAGAAAAUGGCCAGAUUUCAUGGUAUGAAAAUGCCAUUCAAUAAGGAACCAAAAUGGCUUUUUGGAACAAUGGAAAAAUACCUGAAUCAAGUGCUGAGAAUUAAAUUUACUGGGGAAUCCAAAGUUAAGCAGCUCCACAAAUUCGUCAGUUACAACCUGCCUUUGGAACUAGAAAACCUGAGAUCAUUACUUGAAUCCACUCCAUCUCCAGUCGUGUUUUGUCACAAUGACUGUCAGGAAGGUAAUAUCUUAUUGCUGGAAGGCAGGGAGAAUUCUGAAAACCAGAAACUGAUGCUCAUCGACUUUGAAUACAGCAGUUACAACUACAGGGGAUUCGACAUUGGGAAUCAUUUCUGUGAAUGGAUGUAUGAUUAUAAUUACGAAAAGUACCCCUUUUUCAGAGCAAACCUCCUGAAGUACCCCACCAGGAAGCAGCAGCUCCAUUUCAUUUCCAAUUACUUGGCUGCAUUCCAAAAUGAAUUUGAAAACCUCAGUAAUGAAGAAAAGUCCGUUAUAGAAGAAGAAAUGUUGCUUGAAGUCAAUAGGUUUGCCCUUGCGUCCCAUUUCUUCUGGGGACUUUGGUCCAUCGUACAGGCCAAGAUUUCAUCCAUUGAAUUUGGGUACAUGGAGUAUGCCCAGGCCAGGUUCGAUGCCUAUUUCGACCAGAAGAGGAAGCUUGGGGUGUGACUGGGGAGGCCAGCCUGCGCUGCAUCCCUGGACUGCGCGGGGGCGGCCGAGCCCGAGGGUCCCUCUGUGCUCCGACUACUGUACCUGCAGCAAGAAGGCUCGGACGUCUCGCUGCCGAACACAGAUGUGUAUGAUACGAAAGACUGUAUUAAAAUUGAGGAACAUUUA